AUGAAACUACCAAUCGCUGUACUAUCAUCAAUCCUGCUUGUUUGCUCAGUUACUAUCGCCAAACCGAUCCGUCCCAGUAAGGCUAAAAGUACCCAGUCCAACCCCUCUACAACUCCUAAUACAAACGGUGUAGACUUGGGUAGUCUUGUUUCACUUUCAGAUAAUAUCAAGGAGUUGCUCAAAAAAAUCGUAAAAAAGCAACAUAAUUAUAAUCAACAAAAAAUAACAUGCGAAGAAAUAGAGAUUAAAUCUUAUAAGCAGCAGAAAGAAGUAAAACUUCAGGAAAUAAAAGUUGUCAAGUCCAAAAAUGCACUUUUGAAAAGCAAUGGCAAUGGCGAUGACGAUGACAAUCUCAAUGCUAAACUUCAGGAGAUUGAGCGUAAUCUUCAGAGCGGGAGUUCCAUACUUGUCAAGCUUGAAAAAUCAGAAAAGGAGUGCAAUAAUUAUUGUGAUCGUCUCCUUCGUGAACUGAAUCUCCUACGAGAGGAACUCCUAAAGUACUUUUUCGGAGGCCUUUGGGAUUCUCGACCACUUGAUGAGCUACUUUCGCAUAUCGACUCAAAUCCUGUCGUUAGGGAAUACCUUCAAGGACUAUGUGUCGGUAAAUCAUCAGAAUGCAAAAAUAGCUUUGGUCAAGAUUCUGGUGCUAAACAAACCCCACAACAACAGCAAGAACAAGAACCACAACAACAGCAACAACAAGAGCAAGAGCAGGAACAAGAACAACAGCAAGAACAACAAGAGCAACAACAAAUCCCACGAGUAUUACCAGUAAUACCGCCUGGAUCUCGUUCCUUUGGGCAAAGAGCUUCCUCUGGUAUACGUGAGGGUUUCUCCAGACUUGGUCAUAGGUUUAGAUCGUUUGUCAAUCGAAUCAGGCGUAUCAAUUAA